AUGACAGAUGAUGACGAUGAUGAUGACGAUGAAGAUGACGAUGACGACGAUCAUGAAGAUGACGGUGACGAUGACGAUGACGAUGACCGUGACGAUGACGAUGACGAUGACGGUGACAAUGACGAUGACGGCGACGAUGACGAUAAUGAUGACAAUGACGAUGACGCUGACGAUGAUGAUGACGAUGACGAUGACGUUGACGAUUACGAUGUCGAUGACGAUGACGAUAACGAUGUUGAUGACGAUGUCGAUGUCGAUGACGAUGACAAUGACAAUCACAAUGACUAUGACGCUGAUGUUGACGAUUACGUUGACCAUGACGAUGAUCAUGACGAUGACGAUGACGAUGAUGAUGACGAUGACGAUGACGAUGACGAUGAUCAUGACGAUGACGAUGAUGAUGACGAUGACGAUGACAAUGUCGAUGACGAUGAUGAUGACGAUGACGAUGACAAUGACGAUGGCGAUGACGAUGACGAUGACUAUGACGAUGACGAUGACUAUGACGAUGACGAUGUCGAUGUCGAUGACGAUGACAAUGACAAUGACUAUGAUGCUGAUGAUGACGAAGAUCACGAUGAUGAUGAUGACUUUGACAAUGACGAUAAAUAUGACGAUGACGAUAUCGAUGUCGAUGAUGAUGACACUGACAAUGACUAUGAUCAUGACGAUGAUCAUGACGAUGAUGGUGACGAUGACGAUGAAGGUGACAAUGACGAUGACGUUGACGAUUGUGAUGACGAUGACAAUGACGAUGACGAUGAUGAUGACGAUGACGGUGAGAAUUACGUUGACCAUGACGAUGAUCACGACGAUGACGAUGACGAUAAUAAUGACGAUAAUAAUGAGGAUGACGAUGUCGAUGACGAUGGCAAUGACGAUGACAAUGACGAUGACGAUGACGAUGAUGAUGACGAUGAAAAUGACGGGCAUGACGAUGACGAUGACAAUGACGAUGACGAUGACAAUGACGAUUACGAUGACGAUUACGUUGACCAUGACGAUGAUCAUGACGAUGACGAUGAUUAUGACGAUUAUGAUGACGAUGAUGAUGUCAAUGACGAUGGCAAUGACGAUCACAAUGACAAUGACGAUGAUGAUGACGAUGAUGAUGACGAUGACGAUGACGAUGAUGAUGACAAUGAAAAUGAAGAUGACUAUGAUGAUGACGAUGACAAUGACGAUGACGAUGACAAUGACGAUUACGAUGACGAUUACGUUGACCAUGACGAUGAUCAUGACGAUGACGAUGAUUAUGAGAUAAUGAUGACGAUGACGAUGGCAAGAUCACAAUGA